GGCGGCGGCCCGGGGCGGGGCCGGGAGGCGGAGCUCGGCCUGCGGCCCCUCGGAGCCCCGACUCGCGGUGGCCGGGCGGCCGGGGAGGCGGCGGCGGCGGCGGCGACAGAGUGGCCAUGGCCUCAGAGGAUGACUACCGUCACAGUUCAAAUUCCACCUACAGACCUGCAAGCAGCUCUCUCCGAGCUGACCAGGAAGCACUGCUCGAGAAGCUGCUGGACCGCCCACCACCCAGCCUGCAGAGACCCAAGGACCGCUUCAAUGGUGCCUACAUCAUCUUCUUCAGCUUGGGCAUUGGCGGCCUUCUGCCAUGGAACUUCUUUAUCACUGCCAAGGAGUACUGGGUAUUCAAAUUCAGCAACUGCUCCAACCCAGCCGCAAGGGAGGAACCCACAAGUUCAGACAUCCUGAACUACUUUGAGAGCUACCUGACUGUUGCCUCCACCGUCUCCUCCGUGCUGUGCCUCAUGGCGAACUUCCUGCUCGUCAACAGGGUUCCGAUUCAUGUCCGAGUGCUGGCUUCGCUGACCAUCAUGCUGGCCAUCUUCUUGGUGAUGACCGUGCUGGUGAAGGUGGACACCUCCUCCUGGGCCUACGGCUUCUUUGCUGUCACCAUUGUCUGCAUGGCGAUCCUCAGUGGCACCUCCACCAUCUUCAGUAGCAGUGUCUUUGGCAUGACUGGCUCCUUCCCCAUGAGGAAUGCCCAGGCGCUGAUAUCAGGAGGAGCCAUGGGGGGCACCAUCAGUGCCGUGGCCCUGCUGGUGGACCUGGCGGCGUCCAGCGACGUGACGGACAGCACCCUGGCCUUCUUCCUGACCGCAGACGUCUUCCUCGGGCUCUGCGUCGGGCUCUACCUGCUGCUGCCACGGCUGGAGUACGCCAGGUUCUACCUGAGGCCUGUUUGGCCGGCCCACGUGUUUUCUGGGGAGGAGCAGCCGCCACAGGACUCCCCCAGUGCCCCUCUGGCAGCCCCUGGAUCCAGCGAGUCCUCGACCCCACCCCUCUGGCCCAUCCUGAAGAGGACAGCCGGCCUGGGCUUCUGCAUCCUCUACCUCUUCUUCAUCACCAGCCUUGUCUUCCCCGCCAUCUCCACCAACAUCGAGUCUGUCGACAAGGGCUCGGGCUCACUGUGGACCACCAAGUUCUUCAUCCCCCUCACCACCUUCCUCCUGUUCAACUUUGCUGACCUGUGUGGCCGGCAGGUCACAGCCUGGAUUCAGGUGCCGGGGCCCAGGAGUAAGGUCCUUCCCGGCCUUGUGCUCCUCCGGACCUGUCUCCUCCCCCUCUUCAUAUUCUGCAACUACCAGCCCCGCAUCCACCUGCACACGGUGGUCUUCCAGUCCGACCUCUACCCGGUGCUUUUCACCUCAUUGCUGGGACUUAGCAAUGGCUACCUCAGCACCCUGGCUCUUAUGUAUGGGCCGAAGAUCGUGCCCCGGGAGCUGGCCGAGGCCACGGGGGUGGUGAUGUCCUUCUAUGUGUGCUUGGGCUUGGUACUUGGCUCGGCCUGCUCCGCCCUGCUCGUGCACCUCAUCUAGGACGGGGUGAUGGCAAGGACUUCAGCGCUGUGCAACAGACGCUGAAGAGCGUUGGUGAGACGGGAAGCAAGGGCCGGGAGGGCCAGGCAGCGCGCCAGAAGAGCUGCCGCUGAGCUCAGUGCAGGGCAGAGCUGGGGAGCUGGCAGCCAUGCCGGGCACAUGUUCCAGACACUUUACAGAACUCUCUGAGACCUUUGAAGGAGAUCGAAAGACAUCCAAAUGGGGCACAGUCGCACGGUGGACAGUGGGCAUGCUGAUCACUUUUCUCGCUGCUGGUUACAUUCCACCUUAUUUUAUAGCUUCUUCUGAACUUUGUCGCCAGUGUGGACUCGGAGCUGGUAGGAGGCUGGUGCCAAAACCCGACCACAGGCCCUUUGUCUCUCCCAGCCUUUCCCCCUCCGGCGGACAGCAAGAUGUGAUAAUUCCCAGCCCUCCCUGUCCAAGGAGGUUCCCCUGGAAUGGAAAUCCCCUGGAGGGGCACCUGAUGGGGGGGUCAGUUGGUUAAGUGUCAGACUCUUGAUUUCAGCUCAGGUCUUGAUCUCAGGGUCAUGAGUUCAGGCCCCGCAUUGGGCUUUGCACUGGGCAUGGAGCCUUCUUAAAAAGAAAAAAAAAAAAAAGGAAAUCCUCUGGAAUGGCCAGAUCUUAGGCCUAAAACCCAAGGCUGUGUGGAUCUCCGCUCUGUCGGUGAGAGAGUACCCGCCAACCAGACAGGGGACCCCAGAAAGACAGGAAUCUAGGAAUCCUUCACUCCUUAAACUUGGGCUCCAGAAACCUCCCCUAUUCUAGAGACUGAGGGUGUCAGGCCUGGGUUUUCAAACAGGGAUCCUUCAAGUGGUCCAUGGCUUGUGUCGGGGUAGGGUCUUUUAAUGUCCCAUGUUUAUGAUAUGUCAGGCACAUUGGUUCAAGGGUGUAAUGAAUACGGGACAUUUAAUGAAAGCCUAGUUGGUGGCUGUAUUAGGGUCUUGGUAGGAAACAGCAUAGUCAAAUUGGAUAAUAUGAGGAUCUUUGAAGGGUGGGUAUAGGAAUCCUAAAGAGUUAGGCUUUAUAUCUCAGAAUGAGUAAGGCCAUUCUCCCCGUAGCCAGGGCGAGGGGCAGGGGGCAUAACCAGCCUGCUGAGACCCAUGGGAGGAUAUUCCCUUCAUCCUUCCCUCUCUCCCACCUCCUGGAAGCCUCUGUUGGCUGAACCACAGCCAAGGAGCAGACAGAGAGGUGGAGGCCAGACUGACACCCGAAAGGGAUGAUCAGACUCUCGCUCUCGUGGAUUUUUUCUCACUCACAGCAGCACGGCUCUGCAGCUUCGGCCAGCGGUACCGGGUGUGGCUUUGUUCUGGUCUGUCCUGGAGAGCCGUGUAUUCUGUGGUUUCAAAAGGCGACCCUCAGGUUGUGUGGCCACCACAGUUGUCUGACAUGAGUAGUAAUUUACGCUUCUUCGGGUUCCUUGAAGGCUUCUGCAGGGCUGUUCCUUGGGGGAGCAGGCAGGCUUGGGAAUCAGAGAGAAGGGAACUGGAUCAGACCAGGAGUUCUCUCUUGAAAGUUGUGCAGAACGGAGCUUGCCCCCACGAAGCAGCAACUCCGAGAGCCGUAAAUCAAGCCUCCCCUUCUCUGAAGAGCUCGGGCACCCCAGUGUCCUGCAGACAGCCGAUUAGACUGGGAAGCAGCCAGUAAUCCACCCGGUGGGAGCAGCUUAUGUUCCCCACCGUCUCAGGCUAGUACACACUCCCACUCUUCAGCCAGAGAAUUAGAAAAGACACCCUCGAAAGGUUUUCUGAGACUUGAUAUCUAGGGGAAAAAAUUUUUUUUUUAACUAAAAAUAAAUCUCCCAUCUCCCCCUCCCCUUGCGGGAGCCCGAAAUCUC